GUUCUGAUGACAAAAUAAAUGUAUGAAGAAAAUUACACUGAAGUAUCUGAAUUUGUGUUUCUGGGACUUUCUGCAUCUAGACCAAUACAGCAUUUUCUCCUUGCCUUCUCUACAGUGUUUUAUAUAACAAUUUGCCUAGGAAACAUCCUUGUUGUAUUUACAGUGGUUUUUGACCCUCACUUGCAUUCCCCCAUGUACUUCUUUUUAGGAAACCUCUCAUUCAUUGAUCUAUGUCUUUCUACCUUAACAGUUCCUAAAAUGAUUUCUGACAUGUACUCUGGGCACAAUACCAUUUCAUUCAAGGGGUGUGUCAUCCAGAUAUUUGUCCUUCAUGUGCUGGGUGGAUCUGAGAUGGUGCUGCUUGUAUCCAUGGCCUUGGACAGAUACAUGGCCAUAUGCAAGCCCCUCCGUUAUCUGACCAUCAUGAGCCCACGGAUGUGCAUUUUGCUUCUGUCUGGUGCUUGGGUUAUUGGUCUCAUUCACUCAGUGGCCCAGCUAGCUUUUGUUGUCCAUUUGCCAUUUUGUGGUCCAAAUGAGAUAGACAGCUUUUACUGUGAUCUUCCUCAAUUUAUAAAGCUUACUUGCUCAAACACCUACAGGGUGGAGUUCUUGGUUACUGCCAACAGUGGAUUCAUUUCGACAGGCACCUUUUUCAUAUUGAUUAUCUCCUAUAUCUACAUCCUAUUCACUGUAUGGAAACAUUCUUCAAGAGGGUCUUCCAAGGCUCUCUCUACUCUCUCAGCACACAUCUCUGUGGUGGUUUUGUUCUUUGGACCUUGCAUUUUUGUUUAUAUGUGGCCAUUUCCCACAGUGUCAGUGGAUAAGUUUCUUGCCAUUUUGGACUUUAUGAUCACACCCAUUCUGAAUCCCAUCAUUUACACACUGAGGAACAAGGACAUGAAGCUGGCAAUGCAAAGAUUUAUUAAUCAGCUGCUGAGUCUCAGGAAAAUUUCCUAA